GACUGUCACACUCUCCUGCCGUGUGUCCUCCUCCUCCUCCUCCUCGGUCUGUCGUGCUAACCUGGAUUAUCUGCCUGUGCGUGUCUCACACAACUGCUGCUGCAGCAACUCAGUCUCACUCUCAUUCACUCCUUUAUCAUGCGAGUUUGGACCUGAGUGGAUCUCAAACGCGUCUCUCCUCUCGGCUACUUUGUAAAGUGAGUGUUUCACGUCAAUGCCAGAUUCAGCCACGAUGAACAAAAACGGAAUGAUGACAAAAAUCCACACGAGGAUAAGAAGUGACCCGUUCACGGCCGCGUACGACCUGGUCGGCAGAGAGCUGGGCAGGGGAAAGUUUGCGGUGGUGAAGAAGUGCAUCGAGAAGGCAACGGGGAAGCAGUACGCCGCCAAGUUCUUGCGAAAGCGACGGAAGGGUGAGGACUGCCGCAUGGACAUCUUGAACGAGAUUUCUGUGCUGGAGUCGGCCAAGGCAAACCCGUAUGUGGUGGCGCUGCACGAGGUCUACGAAACCAACACUGAAAUCAUCCUCCUCCUUGAGUGCGCCGCCGGUGGUGAGAUCUUUGACCAGUGUGUCGCCGAUGACGACGAGACCUUCACAGAAAAAGACGUGAUCCGGCUGGCCAAGCAGAUCCUGUCCGGCGUGGCCUUCCUGCACCGAAACAACGUGGUGCAUCUGGAUCUGAAGCCUCAGAACGUCCUGCUGACCAGUGCCAGACCCCUGGGGGACAUCCGCAUCGUGGACUUUGGCUUGUCCAGGCGCAUGGACAACCUCACAGAAGUCAGGGAAAUCCUGGGUACACCAGAGUAUGUGGCGCCCGAGAUCCUCAACUAUGAACCCAUAAGCACUGCUACAGACAUGUGGAGUAUCGGGGUCCUGACCUACGUCAUGCUCACAGGCGAGUCUCCCUUCCUGGGAGACGACAAGCAGGAGACGUUCCUCAACAUCUCCCAAGUCAACGUAGACUACUCACUGGACACGUUUGAAGGCAUCUCCUCUCUAGCUGUCGACUUCAUCAAGUCCUUGUUGGUUAAAAACCCCAGGAAGAGAGCCACAGCAGAAGAAUGCCUCAACCACCCCUGGCUGAACCAGCUCCCCCAUCCCCACUCCCACCCGCAUCUCCACUCCAGGUCGGCCUCGUCUCUGGACGAGCCGGAGACGAGCCAGUCCGAGUCGGAGCCCGAGAGCCCGGCUCCCUCCCCCGACCUGGACUUGAUCGGUUCCUUCCUCGCGUGCCCGGGCCAAAGUGGGCUAAAAGCGGGCCGCGGCGCCUUCUCCUUCAGCGAGCCCCUCUUUCCCACGCGACCCGAAAUCGCCCGAAAUCAGCAGGAGCUGAUGUGCUGAGUUGAAGCUUCGGGCGGUUUGAGGAAAGGGACUGAACAAAUUCAAACUCGAUGGAGUGGACGGCUUUGAAAAGAGCGAGCGUUGAGCCUGCAGCGCCUGAAAGUGACGCCGCGGCGCCGUGCCGUGUGGAUGCUGCGCGCCUGCUGUUGGCUGCUUCUACUGCUGUGAUGUCUCGGCUGAGUGUAGUCUGAUACCUCUGUGUGAAUGUGUGGUCGGUGUGUGUGUGUGUGUGUCCGUGCUGAUUUAUGAGUGCACGGCAGGGACGUGAGACUGUGUCGCGGGACUGCACUGCUGCCUUUUUUAUUAAAGUGACAAAAAGUGAACCACGCUCGGCUUUAACGGCGGGGCUGCAGUUCACCCCCCUGCACACACACAAACUUACACACACUGGUUUCUCCUUUUUUUUUUUUUAUCCAAUUAAGCCUUUUUUGAAGAGAAGAGGCAGGGAAACGACUUCACUCACUGUGUGCGCUCAUCAAAACAUGUUAUGCUUCAGCUGACCCAGACAUAUCGUCUGUGGUGAGUUCUCUUGAAGGAAGUGAAGGGUUUUGACAGGUGGUUCUGCUUAAUGAAGAGGAUGGCACCGACGCUGAAGCCCCACCCACUGUUUAUUAUUAUUAUUAUUGUUAUGCUUAUUUAUGUGUUCAGUUAAACCACUUUGGCCCCUUUUUAAAUAUACAAAGCCACUCUUGACAUGGAAAUGGUAGCAUUCUUAUUCU